AUGCCAGCUGCCGACCCCCGCCCGGCCCGGUCACAGGGCCCGGGUCUCUAUCGCUCCAGACUCGCCGGCCCCAGCCAGUCAGGCUGGACCCCACCGGGCCGGGAGGCUCCUCAGAUCCUGACCACUCAGGGAGGGGGAGGCGGUAGACGGGUCCGCACACUGACGAGCGGGGUGACGCGCAGACCACGCACACGGGCCUACAUCCUCCGUCCGCGGAAGGGGAGGCCGUCCCGGGCUCGCAGCGCUGCUUCCCGGGGCGGCUGUAAGGACGCGGCGCCCAGCGGCCCGCCGCCCCGCCUGGAGGCCGCCACCCACCCGGACCUCACCUGGAGCGGCUCCGCCGCGGCCCAGCUGCAGCCUCACAGCCCUGAGGUGCCUGGUCGCCCUAGCAACCAAGUCGCACUCUGUGGGGAGCUGCUGCUUCUUUUCCUCCCGGCCACAGAGCUGGCGGCCCAGGGGGAGUCUCAGAGUCCAGAAAACCUCUCCAGCAGCCCUGUGUCAACUCCUGAAGUAUUUAAGAUAAACUUUAUCUUUCCAAAUGGAGACAAGUAUGAUGGGGACUGUACAAGAACAUCUUCUGGAAUCUUUGAGAGAAAUGGAAUAGGUAUUCAUACCACUCCUAAUGGGAUUGUCUACACAGGAAGCUGGAAAGAUGACAAGAUGAAUGGUUUUGGAAGACUUGAGCAUUUUUCAGGAGCAGUAUAUGAAGGACACUUUAAAGACAAUAUGUUUCAUGGACUGGGGACUUAUACAUUCCCAGCUGGGGCAAAGUACACUGGAAAUUUCAAUGAAAAUAGGGUGGAAGGUGAAGGACAAUAUACUGAUAUCCAAGGACUAGAGUGGUGUGGUAACUUUCAUUUCACGGCCGCCCCAGGCCUGAGGCUAAAGCUCCACAUGUAGAUACUCUGCAUUAAAGUUUUAAUGUGGUAAUUGCAGUUUUUAUUUGUAAGGAAAACAACUAAAUCGGUCAUCUGAAAUAACUUCAUACACUACCUAUAUAUUAUAAUUUUGCCAAUGAAACCAUCACUCA